UGGUUCGCUUCUCGCUUCAAAACCGCUUGAACAGCCUUCACCGAGAGUUAUAUAUGGUUAUUAUUAAAACGGAUCUUUGACAAUCUACAGUGAUCACUUGUGCCAAAAUUGAUAUAUUAAUACUAAUUGCAAAUACUAAACACUACCAUGGAAAUUAAAAACCAAAUCAAUUCAUUCAAAUAACUCAAGAAAUCAAAACGUUUUAGUGAUCUAUAAUUGCAAUCAAAAUAAACAUACUCAAAUUAAUAUUAUUACCUUAACUAUCUUAUAAAAGUAACCUUGAUUUGGAUUAAAUAUCAAAACAUAAACAAUAUAACCAAACUGAUUUUAGAAUUUGUAAACUGUAUAUUUUUUAAAUCCUUAAAAUUGGUUAACUACUUAUAAGCGUGGUUUUCAAGACAAGAUAACUUUGCAUAAACAUAAUAUCCAGUGAACUGUUAAAGAAAAGCCACCACAAUAAUAGUAUUGAAAUAACCAUAUAAAACAAUAACGAAUUAAUGACACAGUUACGAAAUUGAAUGGCAAUCGAAAUAAACUAAAUUGCACAAGAUGGGAAUCUCCCGCUUUCCAAGCCGUUGAGCAAGGACCAAAAUGUCUGAGGGUUUUUGGGCAGCAGAUGGCUCAGACCAGGAAUAGACCAAGAAUAAGACCAAAACCCAGACGGACAACAGUCAAAAGUCGAGGAUGCGGAAUGCGAAUAGAAAUAGGAAUUGUGUUAAAUCAUUUACACUUCCGCUGCUGUUUUGUUUGUGCAAUCAAUUUAAUAUUAUUUGUGUUAUCCCACCCUUGGAUGGCUCAAGGUCCAACCCGUACCCGAACUCGUUUCUCCUCCUUGAGGGCAUUUUACUCAGUCGUCCGGAACAUUACAUUUGUUUAACAUUUGAGUUAACGCUUCAUUGGGCCACCUACUCCACCACCAUUACUUAUGUAUGCCUGGUAUUUCUCAAACUCUGGCUGCCACUCGUGGUCCGUCUGCCAGCCCAUCUGUUGGCAGAGACACAACAGCAUUUAAAUCAUUAUUCCUGGCCAAACUUGGCCAACCGGCCAGCCAGUUGGUCCCACCUACACCACCUUGGCCAGCCAUCGAGAAUCCUUUCAAUUCAUCCUGCGCGUGUCCUGCAUCCGUAAGUUGGCUCCGAGGGCGUGUCCGCCCGCCCGGAUGGCCAUAUGUACUCCUUUUACGCCCCACUAAACACCCGCAUAAAUAAAUUUCGUUAAUGCCAAAUAGUCUGGGGCGUAAAAGAAAGAUGAGGUAACACAAGCAGCCGCAGAAGCUAGCAAACCGAGCGAGCGACGGCUGCAGAGGUUGGUCAAAUGGAAUGCCCAGCCCAGGCUUACACAACUCGGAACUACAUGUGUUGCCGUUCCGAAAACCAUUUUCGCCAGAAUAUCCCUAGAAAUCACCACUAUCUUUUUCAGAAAAUGAAAAGAUUAGACCAUUUUGUUAGAUUUUGAACUGAUCUUGAGGUUUGUUAUUACUUAUCUUUGGAGUAGCUCUCUCUUGUCUUUCUGAUUAAACUCAUUGUUUUUCAAAUAUAUUGUUGCAUACUUUUAGACACCUAAAAUAACAUUUAAGGGUAAUUUUAUUUUGAAGUAGUGAUUUGAGUGGCCCUCUAAAUUUGCAUAUCAGCUUGUCUGGGUGUGAAUAGUUUCAAAAUUAUACUUUAAGUCAGUCUCUUGAAAUUGUUAACAAAAUCCUAAUAUUUGUAAUGUUAUACAUUUUAAAUCUCCUAAAGAUCUUUUCAAAUAACAUUACUUAUUAAAAAAAUGUUCCUUGCGAUUUCGCCGAGUAAAUUGGUUCCGACUAGUGAUUUAGAGAUCUCCGAGGAAAGCGGGAACACCUUGGUUGGGCAACUAAUGCCAAGAGCACCCACAUUACCCAGGCCAACCGAAAACUUGCACAAACAUAUCAAAAACAGGAUGCGGCGCAAAACGCCGGUCAUAAACUGGGACACGGGCCCGAGGAUCUACAGGAGCCGGGGAAUUUAUGUAGGAACACAAGACCUAAAUCGUAGGACGGGUUGGAUAGGUAGAAUGGGUACCCAGCUCGACGGGCACAUUGUGGGAAUAUUUAAAAUUGGCCACGUGUUGUUCUUGCCGUUCAGCUGAGCCAUACGACAUUUUUAGCCUUUAGUUAUUUUAGAUUGCCCCGACAAGCUUACCGUGCAAGUGCAAUUUGGAAAUAUGUUAACCCUGCGAUUUUGUGCGCCGAGCAACCGCCAAGGCGAGGAAGAUAUUGCAGUUCGUGUCAGGGCGUAUACGCGAUAUUAACAAGAGAAACAACACCAGCGGACUCUGAGUUGGAAUCCCCGCCGAGGCAGGGGGUAAAUUUACACAGGCUCCAGCGGCCCAGUGCCGCCAGACAGACAGACAGCCAAUGUGACCCAGUUAAGGCCAAAGGAUUUAGCUGGCCAAGGACCGCGAACCAAGGAACCGAAUCGGAAGCCCGAAACGCGACUCACUAUAAGCCAUUCGCGAUACGCUCCUUAUAUCCGCAAAACGAGGAGCUCGGGGCGCGAAACACGUCCAAUUCUACACCCGACACGGAGCAAGGAUUAUCAAUUUGCCUGGCACUUUAAUGGAGUUGGCCAAGAUGCCGGGGCCCCUGAUCCUGCUGGCCCUGCUCAUCUGUUUGCCGGCCAUCAGGGGGCAGUCGCAGGAGGAGGAGACAUCAAUAUUAAACAGCAAUGGAACAAAUGGGCGAGCCUUUCAAAGGACUCAAUCAAGGCGCGAGGCAUUAAUUCCGGCGACAACGCAAAUGGCCCGGACGCUGGACAAAGCCGGAGCUUUUGGGCCAACAAUGGCCGCUGCAGCCUUGGCUGUGGAUGAUGCAGCUCCUCGGGAUCGCUCCCACAACAAUGUGGCCAUUAAUAACAUUAGCAACAAUGGCGAUCAGCGGCUGACCGCUGCCCUCGGGGCGAAUCUGAUUAUGAGCAGUCGGAAUAUCCAGGAGCAGCAGAGCUAUAGAAUCACAGCGCAGGACAACGCCACAUCUGCAGCUUCGAUUGCCCUGAAUGCAGUGGGGGAUUCCCCCUCAUCAGCACCAGCAGCAACAACAACCACAGAGCCUGCCACAACAACAACAACAACGAGGCGCACAACCCGCCGCCCGGUGGCAACAACAACGCUGAAGCCACCGCCAACAAUAGAUGAUUACCAGACAAUAAUUAGCCAGGCCGGCACCCAUGCCUAUCUGCCAUGCAAUGUCAAGCAGCUGGUGAAGAAGCCGAUAUCCUGGCUGCGGAUGAGGGACGGGCACAUCCUCACUGUGGACCAGACCACCUUCAUCGCGGAUCAGCGCUUCCAGUCGGUCUUCUCCCCGAACCCCGAGCGUUGGUCCCUGCAGAUCAAGUAUGUGCAGCUUAAGGACGAGGGGACCUAUGAGUGCCAGGUGUCCACGGAGCCCAAGGCCAGUGCGAUAGUCCACCUAAGGAUUGUAGAGCCGAAAACCGAAUUAAUUGGCGAGUCAACGCGACAUGUGAAGGCCGGAAGUCAAGUGAAAUUGCGUUGCAUAAUUAGCCAGGCUCUGGAGCCGCCGCUUUUCAUUAAUUGGUUUUACAAUCAGAAGCAAAUCUAUUUGCAUAAUCGUCGCGGUUGGCGUACGGAAAUUGAACGCAUCGAUCUGCCAGCGGAAGUGCCAACCACCAGCACCACCACCACCACAACAACAACGACAAGAACCACCGCUAGCACCACGACUACAGGAGCAACACCAGUAUCAACAACAACCACAGGAUCAACAGGAGGAGCCACAUCCUCCUCGGAGAUGCUCAAUGGCUUGGUAACCAUAACACGUUCGUACAUCCUAGAUGCCAUAUCCCAGAAUGAUGUAUCCGAGUUGGGGGCUGCUGGUGCAGGAGUGGCUUUUGUCACGGAGACGUCGACAGCUCAGCUGGUUGCCGAGGUGGAUGGAACGUCUUCGACUUCUGGGACGACGACGGGGGCAGGACUCCUUGCCCCCACCAGUGCAGCUUCCUUGGCAGCAGGAGCCACCACUGCAUCAGGAACUCCUGCGACAGGUGACACCACUGCAGCAGCAGCAACAACCAGCACCUGGCAGACGACAACGGAGGCGGCAGCAACAACUGCCGCCACAACAACGACAACCAUGCUGCCGAGCAGCAGUUUCAUUAAGCAGAUAACAACGGCUUCGCUCAUCAUUCCGGCCGUAGUCAAACUGGAUUCCGGCAACUACACGUGCAGCCCCUCGAACAGUGCCCCCCGCACCAUUGUGCUCCACGUGCUGAACGGUGAAUAUUCCGCCUCGGCCAUUAAGUCGGGCAGUGUCAGCUGGAGUGCGCUAAUUGGAUGUCACGGCUAUUUGCACUGGCGGAAUGUUUCAACGCUUCUGACACUUUUGUGGAUUAUUAAAUUUGCACUGGCCAGGGACAUCUGCCAACCGAAUGCCAGCAGAGCCACCGCAAGGACACCGGGCACAGGAGCAGGAGUACUACCAGCUGCAGGAGGUGAAAGAGGACCCAAAUCAGGGGCCAGCUUCAUCAGGGGCAGCAGCUCAAUUAGUGCCACCAAAGUGGCAGAGGACAAGACUUGAUUUGUCCUCGGGCCCUCGCCUGGUCACUUGGAUUUUACGUAUAAAGGAGGCUACGAAUUAAGAUUUUACUCGAUUUAAAUACCCGCUAAAACAGAGAGUAAGGAGGACACCCAUCACCAAGGCAAUAUAUUCAUAACCUUCUCACAUGCGUUGUAUUAAUAAUCAUACCAGAUUUAUAUUGGUUUUUCAUGUGAGUGUAAAUGAAUAUUGGGAGUCACGCUUAGGUUCUGGCAUAUCGCAUAUUUUGAUUGAAAUGUUGCAAGAAUUGUGUAAAUAGAAUGCACAGAAUUCGCCUUUAACGGAUAAGAACCAUUUCCUUACUUUAAUCAGUUGGGAUCUGCCAUGGUUGUAUCAUAUAUAAGUUAACUAAUCACAAAGAAUUUCAAGGAUUGAGAUACCAAGUAAAAAUCACUGGUAUUGAAGGGAAUUUUAUGAAAUAAAAUCACAUAGUUAAGCUUUUUGGCGCAAUAAAGAAUAAUUUUAGAACUUCUUUCGUUUCCUUAAGCUAUAAAUUGUAAAUAUGUAUGUAUACCUUCUGAUAUCUGUAUGAAUACCCCUGAUUUUUUAAGACUAAAACUCCCUUUUUAUGCAUAAAAAAUAAAUAUAAAUGAAUAUUGAAUACAAGUGUAAAUAAACGGGUGUUACUGCGUUCCAUUCAAAUAAUUAACCAAGGCAAGACAAAAACUAAAUGUAAACAUUAGUUAGUAUAUAAAAGACUUACUAAAAUUCUAGACGCAGCCAAGCCAAGGAAAACCCUAAAUAAAACCGAAACCUAAUCAACUAAAUAAACAGAAUUGUAUGGAGUUGCUCCAACGUUGCGUAUACUUGAUUUGCAACACAACAUUUUAUGGGAAAGCAAAUGAAAAUAAAAACGAAAUGGAAAAUUAAUUAAAUCGAAAUGAAGUGUUUGCAAUAAUUCUUAAGCCAUAACGAAUA